GUAAAUUUUGUGUCUUUAUUCACUGGAGUGCUCUUAAGGGUACUGACCUGUCCAGAGAGCAGUGUUUUGCUUCAGUUUGCUGCCAACUCAAGUAGAACAUAGCCCCAAACAGAUCUUUAAAAAAAGCAAAUAGGACGACAUCAGGUAGGAUGAAGUUGUUGGCAUGUAUGUGGGCUCUCUGGGUUCUCGCCCUCUGCUCGGUUCAGGCAAUCAAAGAUAUCUGCAAUGCAAAACCCAAAGACCUACCCUUGGAGCCAAUGUGUGUCUACCGUAGAUCAGACCCCGAACUAGAACCGACUGAGGAACCUGACAAGAUCCCAGCUGGUACCAACCCUCGAGUGUGGGAAUUGUCCAAAGCCAACAGUGGUUUUGCCCUCUCGUUGUUCAAGCAGCUUUCUGAGGAAAAGCCCAGUGAUCAAAACAUCUUUCUGUCGCCAAUUAGCAUCUCAACUGCUUUUGCCAUGACAAAGCUCGGGGCUUGUAACACCACACUGGAGCAGCUCAUGAAAGUGUUUGAGUUUGAUUCGAUAAAGGAGAAGACAUCAGACCAGGUUCACUUCUUCUUUGCCAAGCUGAAUUGUCGGCUGUACCGCAAAAAGCACGAGACGACCGAACUGAUCUCCGCUAACCGUUUGUUUGGAGACAAAUCUACAGUGUUUAAUGAGACCUACCAGCAGAUCAGCGAGAUGGUCUAUGGAGCCAAGUUGAUGCCCCUCAAUUUUAAGGAGAACCCUGAUUUUUCAAGGAAGGUGAUAAAUGAAUGGAUCGCCAACAAGACAAAAAACAGAGUAAAAGACACCUUGCCAGAAGGUUCAAUAGACUCCAUGACCAUAUUAGUCUUGGUAAACGCCAUCUACUUCAAAGGUCAAUGGAAGCACAAGUUUGAAAAGGAAAAUGUCAUAGAAGCUGACUUUCACAUUAGUAAGACCCAGAAGUGUCCAGUCCACAUGAUGUACCAAGAGAACAAAUUCCAGUAUGCCAGAAUUCAAGAAGACAACAUACAGAUACUCGAGUUGCCCUACAAUGGUGGUGACAUCACAAUGGUGCUCAUCUUACCUACCGAUGAUAAAUCUCUGUCAGAAGUGGUGGCAAACAUGAACCUCAAGAAACUUGUUGGUUGGCUACAUGCCAUGAAAGAGACCACAGUGGCUGUGCAGAUCCCUAGUUUCCGUAUUGAGGACAGCUUAAGUCUCAAAGAGCAACUGAAGAAAAUGGGCCUUGUACAUCUUUUUAGUCCAGAUCAUGCCAGUCUCCCAGGGAUGGUUACUGAGGGGCCGGCCUUGUAUAUCUCUGAAGCUUACCACAAAGCGUUCCUUGAGGUGAAUGAGGAGGGUAGCGUGGCAGCUGCUGCCACAGCGGUAGUCGCCAAAGGGCGUUCCUUUAACAUCUUCCGGGAGCAAUUUAUAGCAAACCAGCCCUUCCUUCUGCUGAUCCGUGAGUCCACUAUCAAUGCCUUGCUCUUCACCGGCCGAGUGGCAAAUCCUUGUGGGAGCAGUUAAUAUGGAUCUGGCACUACGACGAUGGUUAUUGAUCAUCAUUGUGGUUUAUUGUAACUUGAUGAGGCUGCUUUGUUUCUUCAUUAUUGGUAUAAAAAUAACUUAAAAUUUCUCACAAUAGGCUGUUUUUUGAAAUGAGCAUAUCAAGAGGUUCAAUAGUUUGCAUCGAAAAAGAAUGAACAGCAGUAAUAAUAUAUGUACAGGCACAGAACAAGGAUAAAACAGGUUUAUUUUUUCAUAUUAGAAAUUUGGGUUUAGCAGUAUCACACAAUCUGGGCGUACAUAAUCAUACAUUUAAAGAACAUAAUUACAAAUCCUUCACAGUUACACUUAAAGUGCUUAAUUUAUUUUUAGAAGAAUGGACUUGACAUACUGCCAGUGAGAAAAGGACAUAGUGGUUAUUGUGAAAAUGGCAUUCACAUUAUUAAUUAUGACUAAUCAUCCUUCUUCCUGUACCAUUUUAAAAGGGCAAAGUCCUCACAGAAAUGUAGAUUAAUCAUAAACUGAUUAACAUCAAAUAAGUAAUUAUAUCUUUAAUCGCCUAUGAAUAUAAUUUCUAAAUGAUUAAAACAGAAUAUAUUUGCUAUUUCAAUACAUACAUUGGUUUGCUAUUAAAAUUAGACUGACUUGAGUUCUAUUAUGCUAAUGCUUGAGUUUUUAAAUUUGGACUUUCAACCAUGAAAUGCCUGUUAUAUUUUGUUUUAUCUCAUGGUUAUGUAAAAUAAAACAUUUUCCUUAAGACAUACUAUAGACUAUAAUGCUUUUUGUGAGCUAAACAAUAUAGCAGGACAAAUUGUAAAGGUCAAUAUUUUGGCUUCUCUUGGUGCAAAUUUAGACGCCUAAAAAUGUCUAUGUUUGGCGAUUACAAAAGACAAAUACAACAUGCAAAUAAACAAAUUCUACUGAGGGUCAGUAGAAAAAGAAA